GUACGGUGUGGGGGUGACUGGUGGAGCAGAGGCCGCAUGGUAGGAGGGUGGCUAUGGAGGCAGGCGGUGUAUAGGGCAGCGGCAGGUGUGUGGUCCCCGUGGCAGUCCCUGCGGCGUGAGGGCUGGUUUGGGCGGGAGGAGGCUCGGGGUGGGCAGAGCUAGGGGGCGCACGGGUGGAAUGGGCUGGGCAAGAGGAGAAUGUGUGGGCAGCAUGGGGGAGGUGACCCAUGAAGACGCAGCGAGUCGCCCUCCCCCCAGUUUUCAUCCAGUCUAGAUUUCUGUCCGGGUGUUAUGAGUCCGCUAAAUUGCACAGACACAAAAUUUGAAGCUUACUUCUGAAAACUUCCCACUGCAUCUUCAUGAGAACAACGUGCCAUCUAAUGGAUCGUAUACUGUAUGUUUAGUUGUAGCGCAGCUGCUUGGAAGUGGCAGAUUGCAGAAAGUGGUUGUUUCAUGUCUAAGUCUAAAAUAAAGGGAAGAAGAUAUUCCGUUGAUUAUAAUGGAACAGUGCAUCUUUAUGGUAUUUUCAAAACUCUGUUCCCUACCACCUCAUAACUAAACAAUUACAUUUCUUACAGGGCUAUCUCUAGGUGUUUUGCUGGCCAGGAAGGAAAACAUUUUCAGCACCACCCUAGGGCCCCCAUCCUGGGAGCAACAGAGCAAGGAAAAAAACAAAACAGCCAGACAGUCAGCAAUGGCACAACAAAACAACCCCCCAAAAGCCCAAAAACAAAAGCUGAACAGCACAAUGGUGUGGUGCUGUCCUAGAAAAAGGUGGUGCUCAGGGCCCACACCCUGCUUGACUGCCCCUAAAACUGAUAGUUAUUUCUUGGGGGAAAUCAUUGGCCCAUUGAAAUUAAUAGCAAAACUCCCACUGACUUCAUUCCUUGUAGUUAGUCACAAUCCAAAGUUUUUGAAAAUAUUAAUUGUUUUGAACAUGUCAGCAAAAUUGAAUGAACGUUGUUGUGAAUUAAAAUACUUGACUUUUUAAAAUAACGAAGAGACCAUGCAUAGAAAAUUUCAGUCUAAACAGUUAAAGUAUGGCAAACUUAUAAACUUGAAAACGGGGGUGUAUACUUGGAAGCAUUAGCCUUAGUAUACAGAUUGCUGCAGACUCUUACAUUAUAGUAUUUCCUAAUUGGGAAUAUUAAGCAGCCUGUUUGUAGCUUUGUCUUUUGUCGCAUUAGAUUCAAAAUUAGAAAAGAAUGGCAGUGUAAUCGCAAAGAUUAUCUUGCAAGUGGAGAGUUUAACUUCAUCCAUCUGAUGGGAUUUAAUGGGCAAGGCUGUUGUCUAUAUUUGGUAAAUGUCAUUAUUCCUUUCAAACAGACAUGCCUAUUCCUAAAAUUGAAGGUAGGUUCAUGCUGAAACAAGUGUUAAUUAUAGAACACUUUUACUUUGUUCUUUGUAUUUUGAAAUAUAAAACAUUUAAAAUUAGCACCUAUGCAUCUGUCUGUAGUAUAAAAAUUAUUUAUCCGUACUCAAAACAUUUUACUAACAAUUUUUAUUACUUGUAGCACAAACAUUUACAAUUCACGAGUUUUGACCUAGAUAUCAUGCUAUAGCAGACUGGAAAAAUGUUUUCUACAUUGAGAUUCUGUGCAAUUCUGUCUUUAUGCAACACCACAGUAAUACAAAGGAGUGAAGAAUUCUACUUGCACACAGAGAUAUCUAAUUUAUUAAUUAGAGAGAUACAGAAUAGGAAUAUCAUUGAAACCCAGAUUGAUUUAAUAGAAUUUUACAGGUGUGGCAGUUUUUACAGGCGAUGAUCUGGAAAGAUUCUUGCAAGUUAAAAUUUCAUAUGUUUUUAUGAUACCAGAAGAUAGGUAUGUAAUGUGUGGGCUUCUGCACCAAAUUCAUCCAGCGGUAAACCUUGUGCUAAAGAAAGUUCAGUCUUUUUGGAGGAAAUGGUACUCUGAAAAAUAAAUUAGAGCUAGACAACAAAACACACAGGGUUCAUGAGGCAUUACAGUAUUUCCACCCUCAAUUAGUGUUCAUGCUUAUUAUUAUUGUACUUAGUGGCAGGCAGUGGCUUUUGAAUUACAAAGAUUUUAGCAGAAAUUAAGAUCUGCUUCUGCACCAUUGAAGUCAAUGUGAGUUGUCAGUGUGGUCCCUUUGUCUUGCCUCAGUUUUCCUUCUUUCUUUUUAUGUCCAUCAGUUUUUCUGUGUAGUGCAAAAGUGGGACGAGAAGGGAGAUAGGCAUUUAAAUUUUGGUUCAAUACAAUAAGUAGACAAAUAGUCAGUUUAGUACUUUUAAGGAUUUAAUUUUUUAAAAAGAAUGUGUGUGUGUGUUCCUGCCCUCCUUUGUCUUUAACCAGUUAGAUCAUAAGCUGUUGCAGGCAGAAACCUAGCUUAUUUGAUGCCUGUAAGCCAUCUGUCAGAGUUUUGGGUGUGCGUUCUGUGUAAGCAAUAUGAAUCACAAAUUAGAUAAACUAAUAUUAUCCCUCAUAAGACAGUAGUUAGCUUUGGCUCCAUUUUUUAGGCAAAUAAUAUGUCUUUUAAAGGUAUUGCCAUCUUUUUUCAAUUACUAGAAUUUCUUUAAGGAAAUCUUAAAAUAGAGGUGACGCAGAAAAGUCUAACAACCUCCUUUGGCAAAUUAUUCUAUUGUUUGACUGACCUCACUGUCAGAAUUUUUUCCUGCUAUCUAAUUACAUUUGUUUUUUUCUUAAAACAGUACCCUUAUUUACUUAAGUAAUUAUUUUCUUUCUUUUAUGAUGUCUGUCUUGUAUUUAUAGAUAAUUAUAUCAACUGCUGUCAUUUUCUCUAUAAUUUUUUCUCUUAAUCUGUCUUUUUUUAGGUCAUGCACUCUGAGCCUUUUAGCAUUUUUUGUGGCUGCUCUUGCCGUUUCCAGCAGCAAAUUACUCUCUAAUAACAUGCACACACAAAUAAGGUGCCCUUCUUUAACAUGAUAGUUGAAUUCCUAGAAUUUGAUAAGUGUAACAUCCUGAACCAACAGCAUUGUCUUUACUUAGGUCUAAUGCUCUAAAUCAAUCAGUGUCCAAAUCUACCUAUUCAGCAGGCCAGAUGUAGAACAAGAGCUCGUCUUUCGCUUAUCUGAGUACUUAGACUUUGAAAUUCAGCUCACUUUUCAGCCACAGGGCUCAAAAUUUACUUGCCCAAAUUUAGGCUGUUCCCACUUUGUAUCUCAUACUGAGUUUUUCCUUUGUCACAAAAUGUAGGUGAAGUCUUACGGAUGGCUAAAUGGAAGAAGAACUUCAGAUAUUUUGGGGGGCACUGUUCUGCCUCUUUCCAUAAGUUUUCUCUUGGUGCCAUGAUAGCAGUUGACUUGCGCUACUCAGCAAAUGACGUCCCUUUUUCUGCCCUGGCAGCUCCAACUGGCCUGUUUCUCCCUUUCUUAAUCAGCAGUCUCCAGUUAGGUGAUACAAGAUUUUGAUGACUUUAACUCUUCAGAGGGCAAUCCUCACUAACCAUUCUUGUGUACUUUGCAGUGAUCAAAUUCUUGAAUCAGCUUCUCAGUUGAUUCAAGGUACUGGUGGGUCCUCAGAAGAGGGGACUUAUAAGCUGUUCCUUAUAUGGAGUAGGCAUGUUAUGAACUUUGGAAGGCAAUGUGUGCCUGCUCCUGCUGCUUAAACACCUCCCCCAUCAGGGAGCAGAGAAGUCCCUUGGUUCCCCAAUAAUAAAUAUCAAGAGAGGCACCUGGCUCGUGCUAGAUCUCACAAGGAGGAUAAGGCCCACCACCCCAGGAAGCAUAAACAGGAGAGUAAGGAAGCCACCAUCUCCUCCACAGCUGGACCUGGAAGGACAUUGGUCUCUGGAGGGGCCCCUCAUCCUGAAGAAAUUGAUAAAGACAAAAAAAUAAUAAUCCUGCUUGGUGUUUCUUGAGUUUUAACAGUAUAUCCUGAUUGUCCUGGAUUUCGUCUUUUCCUGUUAUUUGAUAGUAUCUCUGCUGCCUCUUGCCAUGAGAAAAGAGGUGGAAACUUUGACAACUUCGCUGACCUGACAUUAUAUGCAUGAGGAUCUUUGCCUAUCUGAGAAGAGAGUAAUUUAAGCUUGAAAUAAUAUCACAACCAUUCAUUCAUAACUGGCUUUAACAGUGCUUUUUCCUCCGCUUAAAUUUUCUUUUUUGGUUUAACAAAAUCAAAAACUUUGUAAGUAAGCUAAGAACAUUUUCGUUGCAACCAUGUUAAUUCUUCCAUCAUUCAAAAAAACAAAAUUGCAUUUGUAACUUGCAGUUUUCCUACACACUUGAAUUAAUGAAGUAGAAGGUUUGCAUCAUGAGUUGUUACUCAGUGUUAAACCUUAGCCAGUGAAAUGGAUGGGAGAUCAAAUGUGUUGUUAUGGAAUGCCCAGGGAAUCACAACUAUAAUAUUCAAGCUUGUCUCCCAGGCUAAUCAGAGUCAUAAGGGUGUAUGAGAGUCAGAUCAUGAACCUUAGCCUUCUCUGAAUUAGUUUAGGAAUAUACAGUCUAAAUAAGACUAGUGAACAACAGCUAAGUUGAAACUAGCAGUCUUGCUCUUUAAAGCUUCAAGUUCUUUGUAGAGAUCUUUGAAAGGUGACCAAGAAACUGUCAGCAUCAUGGUGUUGCCUUCUUAUUCUCCAGUCUAUAGUUUUUUAUGUUCUUUCAAGCUAGCAAGAGAAGAGAUGUCUGCCUUCUCCAAAAGGAAAAAUAAUAACCCUGGUUGGUGUUUCUUGAGUUUUAACAGUAUAUCCUGAUUGUCCUGGAUUUGGUCUUUUCCUGUUAUUUGAUAAUGUCUCUGCCGCCUCUUGCCAUGAGAAAAGAGGUGGAAACUUUGCUGACCUCAAAGAUCUCUACAAAAGAAGAAAUGGAAUGAGGUCUGAAGAACUUGCUUUUUUUCAGGCUCAUUUCACUUGAAAAGCAGGACAAGUUCUGUCAAAAACCUUCCAACUAUCUUCCAGUCAAACCAUUCUAUUGAAGAAUUACAUGGCUGGGCCUAUGGGCUCCUACCUUUGUAGCUCAAGAAGUAGAGUCAACAUUAAUGUAUUUCUCAUCAAGAUGACCCUGUGUUUUUGGUUUCUAUUUUGUUUAGAAUGUCCUGGGAAUUUCUGUGUUUUCUCCAAAAAUUACACAGAUGAAAAUCAGUGUAAAAAUUAGCUUCACAGUGUUUGGGGUAAAUAUUGGGAUUCAUAUUUUGGGACAAGAGGACAGAAAAGAGCAACAAAUAGAGGAAAGUAAGAAUAUUGAAAAUAAAAGCAGUUUAAUGCUGUGGUUUAUUUCUGGAACUGUGUAUUAACAAUAGGUAUAGAUAUGUGCAUGCAUGUGUCUAUAUCUUCCCCUCCGUUGCCUUACUUUGACAGACAGCCUUUAAAUUUACACUUAGACUAAUUUAUUAUUAACAUAAGCACAUCCACCCAAUGAAUGUAUUGGGUUUUCUUAACAUAAUCAGGAUUUUCAUGAACUUGAAUGUUAUAAAAUGCAGGUGACAAUCAAUAAAAACUGAAUAAUACCUUUUGUAAAACCUGAGCGUUUUUCAGUUAAAAACCGAAAACAAGGGGCCUUACUCAUUGAACAUCUGGGUAAUUAAAGUGACAUUGAGAGGCUUUUGGCUUCAGGCUUAUUCCAGUUCCAAAGACACGUCAUGACUCCUCUGAUUCUGUUUAGUGCCUAGCUUCGGAGCAGGGUAUCUGAAGCCAAGAAAAUCAACUUUCUUUUCUACUGACUAGAGCAGAAUAAAGAUAUACUAUUCCUACUACUUCCUGAUAAGAGGAUGGGACCUUCCGACCCAUAAUCAAUCUGCAAGUGCUGAACAAAUGUAUCUGGAGGACCUGAUUUUGAUUUGAAAUUUUCAGUAUUUGUCUGUUGUGAGCAUUGAUGUGCUCCAAAGGUCUUCUCAUAAUACACAUUCCAAUAUGACUGAGAGAUUGGUCUUUCUUGUGCUUCACACUAGGAACCAACCAUUUCCAGUUCUACACUCUGCCUCUGCACUGGCCUCUGAUCUGUAGGUCAGGGCAUCAUAAUAAUUCUGUACGUUAAAGUUUUUUUUCUUUCAAUAAAAGAUAAAAAGAAACCAUAAAAAGUGUAUGCUGCAUAUGGUUAGUAGAGGAGGUGUUCAUUCAUGUAUCUUUAUAAUUACUAAUUUAUCUUACAGGAUGGAUGUGCUUUCAGAGGCAAAAGCAUAUUUCAACCUGUCUUUUUAAGAAAACCCACCUUCAUGUUUUUUUAUUCUUGUUAUAUCUGUUUUUACUUCAGAAUGUUUCCUUUGCAGGAUGGUGAAGAGGAGAUGUACAAUCAGAAAGAAAUAUAUUUGGUUUGGUCAUCCUCUUUUUCUCCUUAUUACUUCCUUGUCUUAAGCCUUAGAUGUUUAUUAAUGGAGAAGGAAGCAGGUGGGGUUAGCUAUGUCUUUUUGGCCUCUUUGUUUACUGGUAGAUGGAGACAGAGUGCUGUUCGUUCAGGAUGUUUCCUUUCCUUGAAUGGGAAAAGGACAAGUCUGGAAAAAGUUUAUUUUUCUUCAUAUGAGUUGUUAGUUUAUUUUGUUUUGUACUGAUCUGCAUAAUUUUUUCCUUUACAUUUCAGAAUAAAUAAAAUUACAAAAAUUGAUCCUUAGAAGACUGGAAAAAUCUUGGAGGUUUUGCUAUGGAUACUAUAAACGAAAACCAUUUUUAUCUAGACAAAGUGUGGGUUCAAUGUGAGAUUGGCAGUUGUUUGAAAUGGAGACUGCUAUCAAGUGAUGAUGCUGCACAAGUUGAUCACAGUGAGCCAUGGUAUUGUUAUAUGAAUACUGACCCAUGGUUUAAUAAUUGUUCUGUUUCUGAAGAAUAUUUUCCUGAAGAGUCUGAGUUUAAUAAAAAGGGAUUUAAAUAUGUCUACUCAGAACUUCCUAUAGGAAGUCUAGUUUUGGUGAAAAUGCGCAGCUGGCCAAGAUGGCCUGGCAUACUUUGUCCUGAUCCUCUUAAUGGACAAUAUGUGACAUAUGACUUGGAUGGAUAUGUAGAAAGCAAUCAUGUAGAAUUCUUAGGUGAUCCCCAUUCCAGAGGUUGGGUUGCUGUGAAAUAUAUUAGCCGUUACCCUAGCUCAAUUAAGCCAGAACAAUGCAAGAGACAAAAGAAAUGGUAUAAAAGUGCAUUGGAAGAAGCAAACAAAUUACUUGCAUUUUCUGCUCCGCAAAGACUUGAAAUGUGCCAGCUACCAGAAAAUGGAGCAGGAGUGUUAGAGGAUAAAACAGAAGCCAGUAAUGACACAGUGGUAUCCAAGAGAAGAAUAAAAGCUCAGAAAAAGCAAGUUGUCAAGAAAAAUAGAAGUGGAAUUGGACAAAAAAGAAAGAAAAGUAUGUUAAGAUGCUCUCUUGAAACAAUGGUUUCACAUGACUUCCUGUCAAAAGAAAAUCUGGUUAUCUCCGAGACAGAAGUUAUAUUAAAAGAUCUAGAACAAAUUCUCAGGCGUGUUGCAGACCCUUUAAAAACAGCUUGUGGGUUGGAUGGAAAUGGAGAGGGAAAAGAUACAGGAGAAAAGGUAACUAAAUGCAGCACAGAGAGUACUGAAGGAAGUCAAAUGGAAAACGACACCCAAGAGGAUUGUAUUAUUAUUGAUGGGAUAGCUUUCAGGGCUGGGGAGUGUAUUGAGAACAUAACCAACAAGUUUAAAGAAAUAGAUUCUUUAAUGGCUGAAUUCCAAGAUAGCUUUUAAAAAAAAAAAGGAACCACUCUAUCCACUUUUCUAUUUAGUCAUAGAUUCUUAAGUGAAUAAUUUGCAUAGUU